GCCCCUCGGUGGCGACACUUCCAGGCCAGCCUCCUGAGCCCGUGGGCGACGUCAGCGCCCCUGUGGCCGCCACGUCGCAGACAUGGUGAUUUCAGAGACUAUGGAUCUACUCUUCAGGAUAAGAGGAGGCCUUGAUCUAGCUUUUCAGCUAGCUACUGCUAAUGAAAUUUUUGUCAAGAAAGCACUAAAACAUGUGUUGAGUGACCUGUCAACCAAGCUCUCUUCAAAUGCACUGGUGUUCAGAGUUCGCCACAGUUCCGUGUACGUGUGGCCCAACAGUGACAUGAACACCGUUCCCGGAGAACUGACCGAUAGCUCUGCCUGUCAGACCAUACUGCGCUUUCUUCAGUCUCAACAGGAAGAAGAUACAAAACGAAAAUUUAUGAGAAAGAAAGACAAAAAGUUAUCAGACAUGCAUCAAAUAGUAAAUAUAGAUCUUAUGCUGGAAAUGUCAACCUCUCUGGCAGCGGUAACCCCCAUCAUUGAAAGAGAAAGCGGAGGACACCAUUACGCUACUAUGACGUUGCCAGUUGAUGCAGUUUUAUCUGUUGCUCCCGAGGAAUCAUGGGGAAAAGUUCGUAAACUUCUAGUUGACGCAAUUCACAAUCAGCUAACUGAUAUGGAAAAGUGUAUUUUGAAAUAUAUGAAGGGAACAUCCAUUGUGGUUCCUGAACCAUUGCACUUUUUAUUACCAGGGGAGAAAAAUCUUGUAACAAUUUUAUAUCCAUCAGGAAUUCCAGAUGGGCAGCUGCAGGCCUACAGAAAGGAGUUACAUGAUCUCUUCACUCUGCCUCAUGACAGACCUUAUUUUAAAAGGUCGAAUGCUUAUCACUUUCCAGAUGAACCAUACAAAGAUGGUUACAUUAGAAAUCCACAUACUUAUCUCAAUCCACCCAACAUCGAGACUGUUUAUGUGGUCCAGGGUAUAUACGGUUAUCAUCAUUACAUGCAGGAUCGGACAGAUGACAAUGGCUGGGGCUGUGCAUAUCGAUCUCUGCAGACCAUCUGCUCUUGGUUCAAACACCAGGGAUACACAGAGAGGUCCAUUCCCACACACAGAGAAAUCCAGCAGGCUCUAGUUGAUGCCGGAGACAAACCAGCAACAUUUGUGGGAUCACGGCAGUGGAUUGGGUCUAUCGAGGUACAGCUGGUACUGAACCAACUGAUUGGCAUAACUUCAAAAAUACUGUUUGUCAGCCAGGGUUCGGAAAUGGCUUCUCAGGGACGGGCACUGGCUCAUCACUUCCAGAGUGAAGGGACUCCGGUAAUGAUCGGGGGAGGAGUUUUGGCCCACACAAUACUGGGAGUUGCAUGGAAUGAGAUUACAGGGCAGAUAAAAUUUCUGAUUUUAGAUCCACAUUAUACAGGCGCUGAAGAUCUGCAGGUUAUUUUGGAAAAAGGCUGGUGUGGAUGGAAGGGCCCAGACUUCUGGAACAAAGAUGCCUACUAUAACUUAUGUCUUCCUCAGCGGCCAAAUAUUAUUUAAAAUAUCUUAGACUCGUCUGGCC